AAAUGGAUGCUCCACUGAGAGCACUCACAUGGCCUCGGCCACAUGCACUGAGGGCUGGGUUGAAGGGUGCUGUAGUUCAGAUACCUAAUGUUUCCUUAAGAAGCGUAUGUUGAAGAUUUUGGUCCUUGACUGCCCAGAGAAUGACCUACAAGAGCCACACUUCAAGCUGUGAACGAGCGUGUCUAUUAAGAAUGAAACAGCUUUUCUCCUUUCCUCCGACAUCAUGCACACUACGCCUGGUUCGGCUUCUCGCCGUGUCUUCUCACAAGACCUUCAGAAUCAAGCGAUUCCUAGCCAAGAAACAAAAGCAAAAUCGUUCUCUUCCUCAGUGGAUUCGGAUGAAAACUGGUAACAAAAUCAGGCACAACUCUAGGAGGAGACACUGGGGAAGAGGGAAGCUGGAUCUGUAAGGAUCCACACAAUGAAAAGACUGAGAGUUUAUACUCAUUGUGGUUGUCAAUCAGUCCUACCAGAUGGAUUUCAACAUUUUUAACCUGAGACUUGUGUCUAGAUUAGGGUGCUUGUCCAAUAAUAAAAUUUAGAACUUGUCAAACUGAAAAAAAAAAAAGAAUGAAACAAGUCAGAGUAAAAGAGGAAGAAGGGGAGGAGGAGAAG